AGGCAUGCGGGAUACCUAGGUUGCGGGAUGCAUCCCGCAUUCUAGGCAGGGCUAUCGCUAUGACACUAUCCCAAAUCCCGCUCCCCUCACUUUAGGCACACCCUCUAUUAUUUCUGCGUUCGUGUGGGUUCUGCAGCAAUUGUGUCGUCGUCGGUGAAAAUUUCAAGUAGAGUUUUCGAGUUCCGGUCUUUUGGAAGUUUUACACAUGCGUGUUUCAUGUAGUGAGCAACUAAUGAUACCGGUCGCAUCUGGGGACUAAAUUCACAUGAAUGAACUCGACUCGUGUCGAUCUGUGCCGACGGCCUUUUUUAACCUGCACAAAAUUUCGAGACUGAAUCAGCCAGGGGAAAGUGCACAUAUGCAGGAGCAGCUGCCAUUCAGUUAGAUGCGACCCAGUUUUAUUCUUAAAUUCAGAGACAAGAUAUUUGAGUGGGAUUUCAGUCAUUCGACGUUGACCAAAGGACCGAAUCGUUUGGAUCUUUGCGUCCACAUAAAAUGACGAUGAUUUCCGUCCUAAUUGUUGUUUAUUUCUUUGCUGCUGCUGUUGCUCUGAACGAUAUCGUGACAACAGAAUCAUCGCAAUAUCCCGUCUCUAAACUUUGCCGCGACAAAUUCUCGACAGCGGAGAAAGGUGCAAUUCAGCCUCUUAUUGUUACCCCAGCAGUUAGCAAUCAGUAGUGCAGUUUCAUCAUUGAGGCGCCUGCUGACCUACUCAUUUUGAUGUCCUGCUCGGUCGUGAACCUCACUAGUCCCGGAAGUGAAUUAGUUUUUUACGGAGGUGCGGAGAUUGUCGUUAACCCACCAGAAGCGAAAAGUGUCUACACUUCAAGGGGCGCCAACAUUUACGUCUUUUCCAGAAUCGAUUCCAAUCGUGACUGGUUCGAUUGCCGAUGGACGACAACUGCCACACCGCAGUCAACCGAAUUCAAACUGUGUCGUGACGGACGAACAACGGCCACUAGCGGGACAAUUGAACGUUUGGAAGGAGGAACGGGAAGGCAAAGGGAAUGCGUGUUCUUCAUCACUGUUCCUCGCCAUCUAGAUAUUCAAAUUUCCUGUUCGAACAUUAGCCUCACUACGCCCGGGAGUUCUCUUCAGAUCCAAGGAGUCAACGGACCUCUGUUUGGAAACCCACCCUUGGCGAAUUUGGUUUAUACUUUGAAUAGGCCCUACCAACAGCAUUUAUCUGUUUUCACGAUUGGACGGCAGCAGAGAUUCGUUUAGGCCUAAAUGCGACUGGACGACUUUCACUGCCGUUUUCACGACUUAUUUCAAACUUUGUCGGGAUGGACGGACUACAUCGGCCAACGGUACCAUUCAGCCUUUGGUCGAUGAGAAAACGAGGGAAUGUUAUUUCACUAUCGACGCUCCAUCUGAUCAUUUGAUUCAAAUUUCUUGCUCGACUGUCAGUUUUUUCAAUUCCGGAAUAAGUUAUUUGAGUUUUCAUGGGAUUUCAGAUGUCAACGUGUUAAAGCCAAUUGUCAAUCGAAUUUACACUUCCACUUCCAAUUUAAUUCAUCUGAAUUCUCAACUCGGAAAUAGGGAUUGGUUUGAAUGCAAAUGGAAAAUUGCCCCGGCUCCAACAACAGCGGAUUUCAAACUUUGUCUUCAUGGGGGGACAAUUAACAUCGUCCACAGGGACUAUUAGACCGUUAAUAGAUGGGGAAGUUGAAGAACCCAGGGAAUGUUAUUUUGAAAUUAAUGUUCCUGACAAUCAACUGGUCCAGAUUUCGUGUUCGGUCAUCAGUUUAAUAAGCCGCGGGAGUUAUUUGCAAAUCAACGGAGUAGAUGAUGACGUGACACAACCCACAGUGAACAAAAUUUACAAUUUGAGAGACACUGGGGUUUUGCACCUCUAUUCUCGAUUCGGUAAUGAGGAUUGGUUCAGUUGCAACUGGACAACAUUUGUUAAGUCAUCCUCGACAGCUAUCAAAGUAUUGGCGACGACGUCAAUUAUCAAUCCUGUGACGACAACAGAGUCGCAAUCUCCUCUUUUCACACGUGAAUAAUAACUUUUAUGUGCAGCACGUAGCAGUAAUUCAAUGAUAAGUUCCAUUUGUCAGUUUGCCUUGAUUGGGAAGUGUACUCUUCCAGUGGAAUAGUAUAUUCAUUAGGCAAUUCAACAACAGGUGAUCCGCAAUAUUGUUACAUUGACAUAUUUGGACCAGUUGGCAGUUUAUGCAAAUGUCCUGCUCAGUCAUCAAUUUGAAAAGUGUUGGAAGUUCAUUAGUGUUGAAUGGAUUCUCUGAAUACUACCUUCAACCGCCAAUUUUUAACCGGAUAUAUACUUCAGCCAGUAAUUAUUUGUCUGUAGCGGCCAAAGUUGGCAAGGAGGAUUGGUUUCAAUGCCAAUGGACUUCAUGGAAUCGACCCACUAGUGCUACCGAUUUCAAAUGUGCUGUUUGUUACCGGACUCAAAUAGAUGUUUUCUUUACAUUUACGUCAUUAUUUCCGUUAUAUUUUUUUUUUUUUUUUUUUGUUUUCCUAGUUUGCCAACAAGGAACAACUAAGGAAGUCAAUGGAACCAUUUGUCCUUUAGAUAACCUAAUAAAUGGACAAAUUCCUAAAAAGUGUUCUUUCCACAUCUUUUCACUUAACUACGACUACGGAAACUAUACCGAUCAGAGGGCACAAUUUUCCUGCUCGCACGUUAAUCUCACUAGCGCAGGAAGUUAUUUGAAAGUCACAAAUUCUUUAGAAAUGGGCUAUGUAGAUGUGCCUGUAGUGAACCGAAUAUAUGUUUCAGAUAUCGCAAUGUAUCAACAGUACAUGAUAUCUCUCUAUUCCCUUUUCACCAUCGGCGAUCAGUUUGAAUGCAAGUGGGACCCAUAUGUACCUCCAACAACCAACGAUUUCAAAAGUUGCCGUGACUCUUCAGCAACGACGGCUAAUGGAACCCUUCAACCAUUUACCGAUUAUGAUACGAAAAUUCCGAGAUGGCGCGAUUUUACUAUUCAGGUUUCUACUGAUAAUUCGGUUCAGUUUUCUUGUUCGGUCGUCAAUCUGACAACUUCUGGAAGUUCUUUGCAAUUGCGCGACUGGAACGGCGCUUUAAUUACUGAGCCACCCAUUACUAACCAGGGAUAUAUUUCAAAGAACUUCAUGAUGGUUGUGUCAGCGCGAUUUUUUUACCCAGAUUGGUUCAAUUGUCAAUGGAAAACCGUUCCGGUACCCUUGGUGAAAGAGCCGCAACAACCCAUUUUUCAAAUGUGUAAUAACGACCACGAAACUAGAUCUGUGAAUGGAACCCUUCAGCCCUUUAAGGCGUAUGCAACAGGACUCCACACCGUUGGAUGUCGUUUCUAUAUUUACGUACCUGUUGAUCAGCGAGUUCAAAUGACUUGCUCAGUAGUAAGAAUGCACCCUGGCUUCUUCGGUGAUGCGAGUUUUAUCAAUUUUUAUGAAAUGGACGGCACAGUUAUAUCUAUGCAGCCACUUGAGAACGAGGUUACACAUCCUUCGGCAACGUUUUGUAUGUGUGGUCAUUUUUCGGCUUCUCAGACUGGUUCGAGUGCAGCUGGACAACAAUAAUUCCUUCGCCGGUUCUUGUUACUUGUUCUAAUAAUAAAGUGUGCGGGCAGAUGUGUUCUAAUGUGACGUCAACGGGAGGGAUUGUACAGUCUCCAAACUUCCCUGAUGAUUAUGGGAAUUUUGACAUGGGCUGUGCAUUUAACAUUGACGUGCCAGUAGGAAAGACAGUCCAGUUGACAUUCAAUUCCUUCAAUUUGGAAACCAAUUAUGACUUUGUUUCUGUUUUUGACGGAACAACAUCCAUGAUUUUGUUGAACGAGGCAACCGGAAACACAAUUCCCUUGGAAGUAACCACAAAAUCUAAUAGGAUGAUAAUCAAGUUUACUACUUCCACCUUAUUUAGGAAAUCCUGGUAUCUAUGGAUGGCAGGCAACCUUCACUGCUAUGAAAGCAUCAACAGCUUUCUCGACUUCAUCGUCGACAACGGAACUCGCUCA